ACUCGUGCAGGCUUUGGGGAGCGAGGGAGGGCGCGGCCAACUCCCGGAGGGACGGCAGGCCGAGAGAGCGGCGUCCCGGCCUGGCGCCGAGCCUGAGCCCGCCGGACGGGAGGCGGCCCAGCCGCGGGCUCGGCCUCGGCCCCAGCCCCGCCAGCAUGGCCGGCCGGACCGUGCGGGCCGAGACCCGGAGCCGGGCCAAGGAUGACAUCAAGAAGGUGAUGGCGACCAUCGAGAAGGUCCGGAGAUGGGAGAAGCGCUGGGUGACUGUGGGCGACACUUCCCUUCGUAUCUUCAAGUGGGUGCCAGUGGUGGACCCCCAGGAGGAGGAGCGACGGAGGGCAGGAGGUGGGGCAGAGAGAUCUCGAGGCCGGGAGCGUCGGGGCAGGGGUGCCAGUCCCCGAGGGGGUGGCCCUCUCAUCCUGCUUGAUCUCAAUGAUGAGAACAGUAACCAGAGUUUCCAUUCGGAAGGCUCCCUGCAAAAGGGCACUGAGCCCAGCCCUGGGGGCACCCCCCAGCCCAGCCGCCCUGUGUCACCUGCCGGACCACCGGAAGGGGUCCUGGAGGACGCUCAGCCCCCGCGGCUGGGCCAGGAGAGAGAUCCUGGGGGCAUAACUGCAGGCGGCACCGACGAACCCCCAAUGCUGACCAAGGAGGAGCCUGUUCCAGAAUUGCUGGAGGCUGAGGCCCCCGAAGCUUACCCUGUCUUUGAGCCAGUGCCACCUGUCCCCGAGGCAGCCCAGGGUGACACAGAGGACUCGGAGGGCGCCCCCCCACUCAAGCGCAUCUGCCCAAAUGCCCCCGACCCCUGAGAAGCCGGCCUGCCUGUCCUGUCGCCCCCGGGGUCCCUUUGGCUUUUUACAAAUAAAGACCCUUUUGUAA